AUGGGCCAACAAGCAUCCGCCCCCCGCAAAGGCGCCAAGCUCCGUGUCAUCGGCGCCGGCAUGCCCCGAACCGGAACGGCCUCCUUCAGCCGGGCCUUGGAAAUCCUCCUCGACGGCCCGGUAUAUCACGGCGGCACUCAAGUCACACUUGGUCCAGAGCGAGAUGUCAAGACCUGGAUUGAACUGUUUUCACAUUGGCCGGCCCAAGACGAAGCCACAGAAAAGGAGAAUAUAGAGCUCAUCAGAAGCCAAACAGAUGGCUUCGUCGCCAUGACUGACAAUCCGUGCCUCAUCCUCGUUCCGGAGCUCAUGAAGCUGUACCCGGAGGCAUUGGUAAUCUGCACACAGCGCGACGUUGAUUCUUGGGAGAAGAGCAUGGAGGCGGUUUCUAACGCUACGACCAUGUGGUUCCUCCGCUUCGUCUUGUUUCCCCUGCCUACAAUGCGCUAUUUUGUUCGAUUUAUCGAUUCAAUGCGCCAUGUAUGGCUGUUUCGCUUUGGAGAGACUGAGCCGCCGACAAGAAAGUCAUACAACCGACAUGUCGAGUGGCUGAAAGAGAUUGUGCCGCCCGAAAAGCUUGUCUUUAUGGAUGUCAAGGAUGGAUGGGAGCCAUUGUGCAAAGCGCUGGACUUGCCAGUUCCCAAGGACGUGCCGUUUCCAAACAUUAAUGACAGCAAAGCGAUUGAUGAGUUGGCAAAGAGGCAGGUUCAGCGGGGGUUGACAAGAUGGGCUGUCUUGUUGGCCGUUGGAGGAGCGUCUGUGGCUCUAGCUGUGAGAAAAUGGAUGUAA